AAAAUUGCCGAUACCAAGUUGACGCAGCAGGGUGUCAUUUUGGCAUUGAAGAAGUAGGCGUUCGCCCUGCAUCCACCUCAAUUUGAAUUGAAGCAAUUUGAUACGCGUGCGAAAAAAAUAAUUCAAAAUGACGUCAAGCAACAACACAACGGGCCAAGAAAAUGCGGGGACAGGAGCUAACACCAAGAAAGGCCACAGAAGGCAAGAAUCAAUGUAUGCUAUGACUGGCCUGUACUCCUCGGAUGCUGGCGACUCGGAAUCCGGUGGGGAAGGCAGUUGUUCUGCGCAAAACGGCGACGUAGGCCAGCAAGGUGAUGAAUUAGGUAAUCAAAUGACGGCGACUGCCACGAAUAAUGUGUUGGCAUCCGCGAUCAAAUGUCAUAGUCGCCAACCAUCGGCGAGUAUGGUUGCCCAAGUAGCCGCGAGGGAGAAGGAGAAGUCGCCAAGGACUUUGUUAGUGACGGCCCCUGACGAUACCAGGGAUUGUGGCAUACUAACGUGCAGGCCGGCUGUGAUUCAGAGAUUUGCGGCGGUUAAGGUCUUCGUAUUUCUGCUGUCUUUCCUGGUAACACUACAGCAGGCAUUGAGUUCAGGUUAUAUAAAUUCCGUUAUAACGACGAUCGAAAAACGUUUCGAGAUACCGUCCAGUCUGUCUGGUCUGAUAGCGUCCAGCUAUGAGAUCGGGAACGUCAUUACUGUGAUAUUCGUCAGUUAUUUGGGCAGCAGGAGACAUAUUCCGGUCUGGAUAGCCAUUGGUGCCGUCAUUAUGGGGCUUGGUUCCUUGGUUUUUAUGGUUCCACAUUUUAUUGGUGAGCCAAAUCAAGGAAUAUCGUCGCCCAAUGCUAGCGACGAUAACAUCUGCAAAGGGGUGCCUGUUCGAGAGCAAGACAUGGGAUUAGGUCGCUUGAGUUCGGGCCUUUCUAAUCCGCCACUGGCACCUCACAACACAUUGAGAGAAGAGAAUUGCAUUCGGGGCUCUCCUAGUACAACGGCUCCUGUAUUAUUAUUCGUAGUUGCACAAUUACUAUUAGGUUGUGGCGGUUCGCCUCUAUUCACUCUAGGCACAACUUAUGUGGACGAUCACGUGAAACCAGAAAGCGCCAGCAUCUACAUUGGUUUCAUGUACAGUAUGGCGGCGUUUGGACCUGUGCUAGGUUUUCUACUGGGAGCUUAUCUGCUAUCAUUUCAUAUGGAUUCUUUUUCAACAAAUAUAAUAUCGAUUGGCCCCGGCGAUCAUCGAUGGGUUGGAAUGUGGUGGGGUGGCUUCUUGCUGUGUGGUUUCCUCCUGAUAUUGGUUGCCAUACCCUUUUUCUCCUUCCCUAAGGUUUUAACGCGUGAAAAGGAGAAAAUAAAAUUUCUAGAAAAGGCACGUGUUGCUAAUUCUGGAAAUGGGCAAACAACUACGCAGAACAAAACCAUGGACAGCGGUUAUGGAAAGGAUAUCAAAGAUAUUCCAAAUUCUAUGUGGAGAUUAGUGUGUAACCCCGUGUAUGUUGUCACGUGUUUGGGAGCAUGUAUGGAAUUGAUUAUAGUAUCGGGCUUUGUAGUCUUCUUGCCUAAAUAUUUAGAGACGCAAUUCAGUUUGGGAAAGAGUCAAGCUAGUGUUUUUACAGGCUCAAUAGCUAUACCAGGAGCUUGCAUAGGAAUUUUUAUGGGUGGAUGUUUACUGAAACGAUUAGAACUCAGACCAAAGGGCGCUGUGCAAUUUGUUUUAAUUUCUAAUUUUAUUUGUCUUCUAUGUUAUGGUUUGUUAUUCUUUUUGGGUUGCGAUAAUGUUAAGAUGGCCGGAACUACCAUACCAUAUUAUAACAAGUAA